ACAGCACUGUAUUUCUCUUCUUCUUCCACGGUUUGUUUACUACUUUGACGAAAAUAAACGUUUUUGCAGAAUGUUUGAAAAUAAAGGCGAAAAAUUACUGCUCGAAAUAGAGGAGUAUGACGCUGAUCCCGAAAAUCAGCAUCCCCGCUGCGACCAUGGACCCACGGUUUUAUUCUACCGGGAAUCUCAGCUUCCAAUUGAGGGUUAUUUCGCCUGCUCAGCUCACAGGGACUCAAAACUUUGCAAUUUUCACCUGCCGGCGGAUCAGUGGAAGGGUCAUAGCCUUGGAAACUUAAAUCCAGAAAAGGACUAUCCCUCACCAUCCGGGAAAUUACCGAUUUCCGCUUCCGAUCCCACAUUAAGCCUAACUGCGCUAUCCCAGGACAAAGUUAAUGCCCAGUAUUUCUUUGAUGAAGCUGCUCUAAACUUCCUGGCGAAUCAGUGCAAAAAUAUAGGAGCUAGCAAGAUAAUCUGCAUGGGAGCACCACGAUUACAUUUCCACCUCCGCCAAAAACUGAAAAGUUUUCUACUGGAUCUUGAUGAGCGAUUUGCAGACUAUCUAGGACCUGAGGAGUUCUGCCUCUACAACAUGUGCAAUAAUCACUUCUUCUACAAUCGCAAGCCCUUUGAAAAGUUCCUGGAAGGUACCAGUUCGGAUCAACUGCUGAUUGUAACGGAUCCACCCUUUGGUUGUCGCACUGAACUGAUUUCCCACACCCUGCGCAGCCUAAGAAAACUCCACAACAGAAUCAAUCAGUUGCCCUCCACACCACUAUCCAUAUUCUGGAUAUACCCCUACUAUUCAGCUAAUCACAUCAGACAGGAAAUGCCGGAGAUGGAAAUGUGCGACUACAGAAUAAAUUACACCAAUCACCUGAGAUACACGAAUGUGGGUAAACAGAGUCGGUUUUGCGGAUCACCCGUGCGAAUGUUCACCAAUGUGCCACUGAAAUUGCUUCAAUUGCCCGCGGAGGAGGGCUAUAAGUACUGCCAAAAGUGUGAGUUACACACAGCCAAGGAGAACCUCCACUGCAAUCGCUGCGGGAAAUGUGCCUCGGUGAAUGGUCAAUCAUAUAGGCACUGUCAGUUCUGCGAUGUCUGUGUGAAACCCAACUAUGUGCACUGCAUAAAUUGCAGGAGAUGCACUCAAAGAGAGGGGCACAACUGCUCCUUCUAUCAAACCAAACAACACUGCUGGCUGUGUGGUCACAAGGGCCACAUCGAAACCAGUUGCCUUAAUUUCCGAAAUAGAAAGUCGAAGCACUCCAAGGGCUGUUUGUUGUGCGGCAAACAAAAUCACAGGGAACGGAGAUGCACACACCGCACAAAGUACUUCAGGGAAAAUCAUUUUAUGAACGAAACAACUAUCCAGUCUGUCUAAUCCCCAUAUUUUGUUAAAGCACUGCCAAUAAAAUCAACAAAUAUUUUUUGUUUUAUAAGAAAUGUAUUUGUUUUGAGCACUUGUUGAAUGGAUUUAUAUACAGUUUGAUUGUAAAGGUACUGAGUUCCAUUUACUUUGUGUAUUUUUUGAUAAAUCAUUGAUUUAUCAAACACCCACUUCCAAAUGCAAAACAAAACAUUUGUUUAAUACAAAAUUUAUUUGUUCUUAACACUUUUC